GAAACCUCCUCUACGAUCAAUGCGGAGUUAACUGAAUCUGAUUUUCCCGCCUAAUAUGUUGAAAGACUCUUCGAUGCUUUCUUACGCGACGCCAGCGCUCGUCUUUUCUCUUUCAGGAAUCACACGAAACCUUAACACAGGUGGAGAAACUGAGAUUUUCUUGAGAUAAAUCCAUGGCGACCCAGACUGAUCUUCAUAUCUCACUCUUUUCUCCUCAAGAGGUUGAGUUUAUGGCAGAGGACGAACUGGUGGAGAUUGUUCCCAAUAUGAACAUGGAGCCCCUCAAUUUCAUCGCUGGUUAAUUUUUUGUUCGCCAAGCCAUGUGAUUAAAUUUUUUGACAGGGGGGAUUUGGUCGGUUCGUUCCUCAGAUUCCGACACAAGUGCCUCUGUGGCUUGCAGUGGCUCUGAAGCGGAGAGGCAAAUGCACUUUCAGUUUCAGGCCACCACAGUGGUUGUCUGUUGGUAAGACAAACACUGCAUAUUUUGCAGAUAAAUUUCUUUUUUUGAAGGCUUAAGCUCUAACUUGGAAGCAGAACGGGAACCUCAGUCGAAAUUUCAGGCAUUACAAUUUAUUUGGUUAUGUGGAGAUUGCUAGACUGCUUUUUGAUUAUGCACGUGAUGAUAUUCCAGACAUGUAUAUGGUUAAAUUUCAUCUUGUUCUGCUCUUUUGGUAGUUAAGAAUCUUUGCGAUGGAACCCAUAUUGUUUCAUUUCAACAAGUAGAAAGCAACACCCAAUUAGGAACACAUUAAUUUUGUAUACACGUGUACGAUCAUAAUGAAUAUAGACGGCUUUGCGUCCUUAUUCCGUAGUCACUGGCACUACGUUUGCUCUCCGUUUCUUCAUGCUACAAUCAGUGGUACGUCGCUCUUCUUCACAUUUGAUCUCCAUACUCACCAAUCCUUCAAUGUCUUUCACCACUACCGCAUCCUCUUCUUCUUCUCCGGCUAUUCCGGUUAAGAUCAUUCCUCUACGGCAUCCCGAUUCCACUUCUUCUGAUGAUCCUCGCCGUCCAUCCAUUCCAUUCCACGAUUUCUUCUCCCGAUGGAUGGCGAAGAUCAAGCGUAUGACGUUCUUCGACUGGUUAGAUACGUUGUUUCCUUGCUUCAUUUGGAUUCGAAGUUACCGUUGGCAUCAGUACUUUAAGCUCGAUCUCAUGGCUGGUAUCACCGUUGGUAUUAUGCUUGUCCCCCAGUCAAUGUCGUAUGCAAAGUUAGCUGGGCUUCAGCCAAUAUACGGUUUAUACUCCUCAUUGGUGCCGGUGUUUGUGUAUGCUGUAUUCGGCUCAUCUCGCCAGCUUGCAAUUGGACCUGUAGCAUUGGUUUCUCUUCUCGUCUCUAAUGCUUUGGGUGGAAUUGUUGAUCCAUCUGAAGAGCUAUACACUGAGCUUGCUAUUUUGUUAGCACUUCUGGUUGGAAUAUUUGAGUGCAUCAUGGGUUUUUUAAGGCUUGGAUGGCUUAUUCGUUUCAUAAGUCACUCAGUCAUUUCUGGAUUUACAAGUGCUUCAGCUAUUGUUAUUGGAUUAUCCCAAUUGAAAUACUUCCUGGGAUACAACGUUUCCCGGAGCAGCAAGAUUGUGCCACUAGUUGAGAGUGUAAUAGCUGGAGCUGAUCAGUUUAAGUGGCCACCUUUUUUGUUGGGAUCUACCAUUCUGGUGGUCCUUCUAGUAAUGAAGCAUGUGGGAAAAGCAAACAAGGAACUUCAGUUCAUAAGAGCAGCAGGACCGCUCACAGGGCUUGCUCUUGGUACAACUAUUGCGAAAGUGUUCCAUUCACCCACAAUCUCACUGGUGGGAGAUAUACCUCAAGGCCUUCCAGAAUUUUCUUUACCAAAAAGUUUUGAUCAUGCAAAAUUAUUGCUUCCAACAGCGGCUCUCAUCACUGGUGUGGCCAUCCUGGAAUCUGUAGGUAUUGCCAAAGCACUAGGAGCGAAAAACAGAUACGAGUUGGAUUCAAAUUCAGAGUUAUUUGGUCUUGGUGUCGCUAAUAUUUUGGGAUCAUUGUUUUCUGCAUACCCGACUACAGGAUCCUUUUCUAGGUCAGCAGUUAACAGCGAAAGUGAAGCGAAGACUGGCCUAUCAGGUCUUGUAACAGGAAUCAUCAUAGGAUGCUCUCUACUGUUCUUGACCCCAGUGUUUAAAUAUAUACCACAGUGUGCUUUAGCAGCAAUAGUGAUCUCUGCUGUUAGUGGCUUGGUGGACUAUGAAGGGGCUAUAUUUUUGUGGCGUGUGGACAAGAGAGAUUUUACUCUUUGGACCAUCACCAGCACCACCACUCUGUUCUUCGGAAUAGAGAUCGGAGUCCUCGUUGGUGUUGGUUUUUCACUUGCAUUUGUUAUACACGAGUCUGCAAACCCUCAUAUUGCUGUGUUGGGGCGUCUUCCAGGAACCACUGUGUACAGAAACAUGAAGCAGUAUCCAGAAGCGUACACUUACAAUGGGAUUGUGAUUGUUCGAAUCGAUGCUCCCAUAUAUUUUGCCAACAUAAGCUACAUCAAGGACAGGCUAAGAGAAUAUGAAGUUGCUUUUGAUAAACACACUAAUAAGGGACCAGAGGUGGAGAGGAUCUACUUUCUUAUCCUUGAAAUGUCUCCUGUCACAUACAUAGACUCAAGCGCCGUAGAAGCCUUGAAAGAUCUGUACGAGGAGUACAAAACAAGGGACAUUCAGCUUGCAGUUUCGAACCCGAAUAAAGAGGUUCUAUUGACACUGGCAAGAUCAGGGAUUGUGGAGCUUAUUGGCAAAGAAUGGUACUUUGUGAGAGUACACGAUGCAGUCCAAGUCUGUCUUCAUUACGUCGAGAGCAAGAACCAGACACCCACGAAUGUUGAUGAGCGCAGUAGUUCAAGCUUAUGGAGAAGGUGUAGUAGUGCGAAAAACUCAUCACAUACCGAAGUUGAAGCCGAUUCUAAACUUGCUUUAAAGGAGCCAUUGUUGUCCAACGAGAAAUAAGACAUUCAGCGAAUCAGCAUUGCGCUUUCCUUUCACACACAAAAAGUGGUCAUGCUCAUGAGUUGUUGAAAAUUUACUAUGUCAUGAAUGAAUAUUAAAUCUGAGUCCAUUAUAUUUCCU